AGAAAAGCGACGAUGUCUAGUCCAUUCGGUGAGCCACCGCCAGACCUUGAUCUUAGUCAAAGCCAUACGGCUAGAAAUAAUGCGGUUGUCAUUGCUGUGUAUACCCUUGCUGCCAUAGCAAUUAUUCUCCGGGUUAUUGCUAGAAUAAGGAUACAACAUGCGACUGUUGCGGCGGAUGACUGGCUGAUUGUUGCGGCACUGAUAUCUGUAACGGCUAAUUUAGUUUGCACAAUUAUUGGAGGCUACUAUGGCCUUGGAAAACACGUCUGGGUAGUCCCAUUCGAUGAUGCGAUUACUGUGGUCCGGAUUCUUUUUGCAUACGUCCUGAUAUACGUUGUCGCGAUCCCAAUCAUCAAAAUUUCCAUCAUCCUCUUCUACCGCCGUAUCUUUGGCAUGAACUGGGCUAUGUGGAUCUGCGUCUUCUUAACACUCGGCUACUUCGUCUCCUGCUACAUCGCCUUCCUGGUCUGCUGCCAGCCAUUGUCCUACUACUGGACCCAGUACCGAGACCCAAGCGGAGGAAAAUGCAUCUUCAACCUGUACCCAUUCUACAUCGGCAAUGCAGCAGCCAACGUCGCCACCGACGCAGUCAUCCUCAUCGUACCGAUCCCCCUUGUCUGGAAGCUCCAAAUGCGAACCACGCAAAAGAUUCUCGUAUCCAGCAUCUUCCUGCUAGGCUCCUUCGCCUGCGUCGCAAGCAUUGUCCGAAUCUACUUCAUGACCUUCCUCAGCAAAUCACUCGACAUCACCUGGAUCAUGGGCGAUAUCUUCAUCUGGUCGAGCGUAGAGCCCUGCAUCGGCAUCGUCUGCGCCUGUCUCCCGACCCUCCAGCCCCUCCUCCGCUCAACCCUCAAGCGCAUUGUGCGCUCCUCGAACAUCGACGAACAACUCGGUUCCACCGGCAAGACAGGCUCCGUGUCCCGUAAACAACACAAGCCUCCCUCUGGUAGUCGCUGCUUAUUCCGCUCUCUGGACGACGCAGAUGCCAGAGCGAGGGAGCCUCAUCUCCGACCAGAAGAGGAGGCAGCCCUAACCACUAGCUCAGCGCAUGUCGAGCUGGAGAGCCUACAGGAGGGACCGGAUUUCGAUCCGAAGAGUAUCCGGGUCAAACAUGACUUCCAGUGGAGUGAGGAGCACCAGUCUAUUAAGAUCGUGUCGAAGAGGAUAUUAUAA